AAAGGAGUUGUGAAAUAAAGAAAGAGCGAAAAUGGAGACGGCAGGACAGUGGCUAGAGAAUGCCCUGCUUGAUUUAUGCAAGAGAAUAGAAACGGGUUUGGAUUUGGAUAGGGAAAUAAUAUCGGGUUUAGUCUCGUAUUGCGAACUCGCUCAGCCUCUUGAUGCUAAAGAGUAUCUUGAUAAUAUUAUUGGGCAGGAAGCAGUCAAAAGUGUAACUGAGGAAUAUUUACGGCGUAGAGGUUACUCAGAUCCUGGAAGCAGCAUAGCAGCUGUUCAAACUUCAAAGUUCCAUACUUAUGUCAAACCGUCAGCGGACAAUGGUUCUGUAGGUGGAACAAAGAAACCAGUUAAAUCACCUAAAGAUACUCUAGUUCCCAGUUAUCUGGCAGAACCAAAAAAGAACAAUAGCUCCACUUCGACCAAUCAAGGAAACAAAGUUGAAGCAAGUGGGUCAAGCCAAAAGGGGAUCCAAGGUAAUUCGAAAAAGAAGAAAACUGGAAAAGUCGUUUCACUUGCAGAGGCUGCCAAGGGGUCAAUUGUUUUCCAACAAGGGAAACCAUGUUCAUGCCAAGCCCGUCGACACAGACCGGUGAGCAAUUGUUUAUCUUGUGGCAAGAUAGUUUGUGAACAGGAAGGAGAAGGACCAUGCAGUUUCUGUGGUGCUCUUGUGCUAAAGGAAGGGAGCAGUUAUGCUGGUCUUGAAGGAAGUUUGGAACCCAUAUCAGACGCUGAAGCAGCAGCUGAAGCUUUUGCGAAAAGGCUUGUUGAGUAUGACCGGAACGCUGCAGCUCGUACAACUGUCAUUGAUGAUCAGAGUGAUUACUAUGAGAUUGAGGGCAACAGCUGGCUGUCAAAGGAGGAAAAGGAACUCUUAAGGAGAAAACAAAAGGAGAUAGAAGAAGCUGAAAAAGCUAAGCGAAAUAGAGUAAUUGUGACUUUUGAUUUGGUUGGGCGCAAGGUCUUGGUAAAUCAAGAUGAAGUUUCAGAACUAGAGUUAGAAAACAGAAUAUUAAGGCCACCAGAUGAAAAGGAGAGAGAGGUGGACCGAAUUAAACCGAACCCAACUCUCAAAAUACAACCCAUCUUCAUGGAUCCUGGACCUACUAAAAAGCCAGUUAAGGCCAAGCAGACAGACAAUGGCCGUCCAAAUGGUUUAUGCUUGGAAGUUACUGGGAGGGUGCAGCAUGAUAAAGAUGCAUUGAAAUACUUUAUGAUUGACUACAAGUUGGAAACAGCUUCAAAUUGGCAGCCUUGGCAAGGUCCAGCACUGAACAGGUAGCUUUUGGAAGAUGACAAUGGAUUGGUCAACAGACCAGCGGUUGUUUCUUUGUACAAAAGAUCGCCUGCUUGCUUAGAUGUACGGGUCCCUAUUUGUUACUUGGUAGGCGCCUAGACAGCCAGGGAGAAACACUGCAAGAUGUUCUUGUUUUUUACAACUAUGAAGAGAAGGUUGUUCUCGAAAUAUGCUUUGCCACAACAGUAAUUGCAAUUAACAAACUAUUGCCAAAUAACUUUUUAUUUCAUUUACCGAGGCCUUGUUUGUUAUGAAUUAUCAGUGUUACGAAGUAUGUCGUUACAUUGAUGUACAUAUGAAAUCAUUAUACAGACAAGGAACAUAAAUUCUGUAAUUAUUGACCUAGAAUAUCUGCAUGCAUGUGAACGAAAAUUCAUUUGGUUGUCCA